UGAUUUCGCGCAGGCGCGGUUGUCGUCUGUCCCCACGCUGGUACCGCGUCUCCUCAGUGCAGUACCUCCGCCUGGCCUUGCGAUCCUCUUGUGUCUGGGCCCAAUCUGUGCGGGCUCCGCCGCCGCGAUGGGCAAAACUGCCGACUCUUGGAGUCCAGGAGCCCGGCCCGAUCCGGUGAGGAGCUUCAAUCGUUGGAAGAAGAAGCACAGCCAUAAACAGACCCAAAAGAAGCAGUUGAGGAAGCAGCUGAAGAAGCCCGAGUGGCAGGUCGAGCGCGAGGUUAUCAGCCGCCUCCUGCAGAACUACGAGAAGAUAAAUGUAAAUGAAAUUACAAGAUUCUCAGAUUUCCCCUUGUCUAAAAAAACAUUGAAAGGUUUGCAAGAAGCCCAGUACCGUUUGGUGACUGAGAUACAGAAGCAGACCAUUGGGUUGGCUUUGCAAGGUAAAGAUGUUCUUGGAGCUGCCAAAACUGGAUCUGGCAAGACUUUGGCUUUCCUUGUACCAGUGCUGGAAGCCUUAUAUCGUCUGCAGUGGACCUCAGAUGAUGGGCUGGGAGUUUUGAUUAUAUCACCUACAAGAGAACUGGCCUAUCAGACCUUUGAGGUUCUCCGAAAAGUAGGAAAGAAUCAUGACUUUUCGGCUGGUCUUAUCAUUGGUGGAAAGGAUCUGAAACACGAAGCUGAGAGGAUCAAUAACAUAAAUAUACUUGUCUGUACACCGGGUCGUCUUCUUCAACACAUGGAUGAGACAAUAUGUUUUCAUGCUACCAAUCUCCAAAUGUUAGUUCUUGAUGAAGCAGAUAGAAUCUUGGAUAUGGGCUUUGCUGAUACCAUGAAUGCUAUUAUUGAAAAUCUUCCCAAGAAACGUCAGACUUUGCUUUUCUCAGCUACACAAACCAAAUCUGUAAAGGACCUUGCACGCUUGAGUUUGAAAAAACCUGAGUAUGUCUGGGUUCAUGAAAAAGCAAAAUACAGCACCCCUGCCACUUUGGAACAGAACUACAUAGUUUGUGAGCUACCACAAAAAAUAAGUGUCCUGUAUUCCUUUUUGAGAAGCCACCUGAAGAAGAAAAGUAUUAUAUUUUUCUCCAGUUGUAAAGAGGUUCAGUAUCUGUACCGAGUGUUCUGCCGGCUACGUCCUGGUAUUUCUAUCCUUGCCCUGCAUGGUCGACAGCACCAGAUGAGAAGAAUGGAAGUUUAUAAUGAGUUUGUCCGCAAGAGGGCUGCAGUACUCUUUGCUACUGAUAUUGCAGCCAGGGGACUGGAUUUCCCUGCUGUGAAUUGGGUUCUUCAGUUUGAUUGUCCAGAGGAUGCCAACACAUAUAUUCACAGAGCAGGUAGAACUGCUAGGUACAAAGAGGAUGGUGAAGCUUUACUGAUUUUGCUUCCCUCAGAAGAAAAAGGGAUGGUGCAGCUGCUUCUUCAGAAGAAAGUGCCUGUGAAAGAAAUCAGAAUCAAUCCAGAAAAACUUAUAGAUAUCCAGAAAAAAUUAGAAUCGUUUUUAGCUCAAGAUCAAGAUUUAAAAGAAAGAGCUCAAAGGUGUUUUGUCUCUUACAUACGUUCAGUAUAUCUGAUGAAGGAUAAAGAAGUAUUUGAUGUGAGCAAGUUACCUAUACCUGAAUAUGCCCUGUCUCUUGGUCUUGCUGUGGCACCACGUGUAAGAUUUCUUCAGAAAAUUCAGAAACAACCCACCAAAGAACUGGUAGUGCAUCAAGUUCAUAAAGUCAUUGAGCCAAGAGCUCCCUCUCUCACCAGUGAUGAAGUGGAACAGUUUAGAGCCUACUUCAGUGAGAAAAUGUCCAUCCUUCAGAGAGGUGGGAAGAGCACAGAAAGGGCAGAGUACAACCUGGCCAAUGGUGUUAGUGACAAAGAGGAAGAGGAGAAAGAUGAAGAAGAAGCGGAAGAGAAACUUGAAAAAGCAAGAGGGUCUCAGCCUCAGUCUGUCCCUAGCGCCGGUGAAUCACAGUACAAAGAAGUUCCUAUUCAGUUCUUGGGUGGGGAGGAGGAAGAGGAGGAAGAUGGACUUGAUGCUGAUUUCUUUAAGGUGAAGCGGCAGAAUGUGUUUGGGUUGGACCUUAAAGAGAACCAAGCAUUACAGAAGAAAGAACCUUCUAAAUCCAUUGUCAAGAAAAAAGUGACCAAGGUUGCAGAAGCAAAAAAAGUAAUGAAGAGAAAUUUUAAAGCGAAUAAGAAAAUAACCUUUACUGAUGAAGGGGAGUUAGUUCAGCAGUGGCCACAAAUGCAGAAAUUUGUCUCAAAGGAUACUGAGGAAGAGGACGACACUGGUGGUAUCAACUUAGAUAAAGCAAAAGAAAGGCUUCAAGAAGAGGACAAAUUUGACAAAGAAGAAUAUAGGAAGAAAAUUAAGGCAAAGCAUCGGGAGAGAAGACUGAAAGAAAGGGAAGCCAGAAGAGAAGCCAGUAAGAAAGAAGCAAAGGCCAAAGAUGAGGAGGAAGCCUUUCUGGAUUGGAGUGAUGACGACGGUGGUGGUGGGUUUGAUCCAAGCACACUUCCAGAUCCUGAUAAGUACAGGAGCUCUGAAGAUUCAGACAGUGAAGAUAUGGAAAAUAAAACUAGUGAUACCAAGAAGAAGCAGGGAAUGAGGAAAAGGAACAACAGUGAAGUGGAAGACGUGGGACGCACAAGUCGUAAUAGAAAGAAGGCCAAGUGGGAAACCGUAGAGCCUUUGGAUACAGGCCUGUCCUUAGCGGAGGAUGAACAGCUGGUGUUGCAUCUGCUCAGAAGUCAGAGUUAAAUACUCUUGUCUUCUCCUUGAAGCUUCUGGUCAUGAUGUGCGGAUGAGAAGUUGAAGAGACAAUUGGCUUUGGAGCACUUAGGUAACAUGAGUCCCAUGCCCAAAGGACUUACUCUCCAGACAGAAGCGGUCACAUCUCUAAACCCUUUUUAUAGGACCUGCCUGUGCCAUGCCAGAGGGAACUCACAGUGAGAGUGGAUUAUUAAAUUUCCUGAUCCCGUUGUCCAGCAUGUGCUCUGUUAGAUUUUAUCCAUGGGUUCCUACAUCUUGUCAUUGGAAAUGCUUCCUUUGUUUUACCUGCAAGUUCUAGAGACCUUGUUUCAUUGUGAAAAAUGCCCAUCUUGCAUACUGUACAGAAGUUUCUAUUAUUGUUAAAAUUGCUUCUGAUCUUGAUAUAUUUAAAAUUUCUAAAGAGACACAGUAUGAUGCAGCCCUGAGGAAGAAUAUUUUUGAAUUGUAACUAUCAAUAAUAAACAUAUUUCCUAUAACAUAAA